AUGAAAUACACUGAAGAUCUUGACAACAACGAAAAGUUCAUUUUGAAAAAGUAUUCAAUUCACCUGCUCCUUAAGUUGGGUGACGCGAUGAUUUUGAGGUUUGCAAUUCCUUCAAGAAAAAUGACCAAAGAAGACCUCUUCGAUGCUGGAUUGUUGAAGGAGAACCAGGUCAAAGGAACGAAUAUGGCAAAUUUCGCGAAAUUACAAAGAAAACUCAAAGGAAAAGAAUUGGUAAUAAACAUCAAAAUUUACAACAACUUUGAUGCAAAAUCAUUCGAGGAAAGUGAUGACCAAGAACUAAAAGCGGAAGUUCAAAAGUUUCAAGAUUGGUACUGUGCCAACAUUGAAAAAGUCGAACAAAUUGCAAACAGGUUGGAAAGGGAAGAAAGGGCUGAUGCUAAUGAGGCGAUACGUACUCUUGUUAAACAAGUGAGAUUAACAAGUACGGAUCAAACAGAAGCAACAGAUAUCGCGGAAGAUUGCAGCAGUAGUGAAAUUGUUAAAGAAAAGAGAGCAAACUCCAUUCAACACAGAAAGCAAAUAAGGAUUUUAUUCAAAAAAGAAGCAGAAGAUUUCUUAAAAAGUUGCCCAGCCAAAAAACUAACUUUGAACACCUUGUUUGCUCUGAUGAGUCAAGAAGAAAAAAUCAAUUACCACAGUCCAACCACUUGCCCAGUUGAAAGAUCUUUUAAUAAAAUUGGACAACUUGAUAGAGCAAACAUGAGCGUUGAAAAGAAAGUUGCUUACAUGGAUGUUGGGGAUGCUCUGAAAAACUAA